UCAGAGUGUAGGGUCAGCCAUGACACAGCGCCCCUGGAGCAGAUAGGGUCAAGGGCCUUGCUCAAGGGCCCAACAGUGGCAUCUUGGCAGUGCUGGGGCUUGAACCCCCAACCUUCUGAUCAGUAACCCAGAGCCUUAACUAAGAUUAAUAAAUGAUGUUUAAAUAUUGUUCAUUGUUAGUUCAUGUUAACUAUGUUGUUCAAAAACGUUAACAAAAGAAACCUUAUUGUAAAGUGUUGAAUGUAGGCCUACGCCAGUGUGGUUUAAUGUCAAAUCAAAUCACUUUAUUGUCACACAGCCAUAUACACAAGUGCAAUGGUGUGUGAAAUUCUUGGGUGCAGUUCCGAUCAACAUAGCAGUCGUGACAGUGAUGAGACAUAUACCAGUUUACAAUAACAUCAAAUUAACACAACACAAUUUAACCUAUAACAGCUAUUACAAAAUUACUUUGAGUGGCUUUUGAAGUUGGUGUUUAAAACCAACAUACAAAACCACUGCUAGAGAAAACACACAUUGGACAAAUUGGACUUUUGACUAUAGUUACUGAGAUAUAGCUUCUCCACGUGGGCCAACUAUUUUUCGACAUACAGCUUGACUGAGAAAUAAAUGUAACAAAGAUGGUGAAAUAUUUUUCACUUCAAUGCCAUUUAUAAUGUUUAGAUAAUAUAUUUUGAAAACAAGCCUAAAAUCCUGGGAAAAAGGUUUAAAAUCAUGGGAAAAUAUAGAUAUAUCAAUUAUAAUAUAUUCAAAAUAAAUAGAUAACAAAGAAAAAAAAAUUAUGAAUGACUUAAAUCAAUAAUAAAAAAAAAAAAAGAAGAUUUGUUUACACACAUUAUGAUAAUGUCAGAUAAUACCCUAUGUUAUUAAUUGUCUUAUUUGAUUGAACUAAUAUAAAUGAUGCUGCAUGUCAAUGCUGCUUAUAUUUGUGUGUGUGUGUGAACAGUGUCUCUCUCUCUGUUCAAAAGUAAAGUUGAAAGUUUAUUGGCAUCAUUGUGUUUACAUACAAUAUUACGAAAGCAUUAAUUAACAAAACAAAUACUGACAAGAAAAUUAAAUAUGAUAAUAAUAAAAUAGGACAGAAUAACAGUAAACAAAGAUUAAAAUAAGGUGCCAAGCAAUUAAUAAAAUGAAAAACUUUUCUCCCACAAUCACAAACAGACAACAAUGUAGUUUAUCUUUUGUAAUUAUAAAUGAAUAGAUCACUGACAGCCAUCGUGGACACAAAGCAUUCUCGCUGGAUGGUGGAGUUUUAUUGUAAAUAAGCCAGGCUUUACUGUCUCCCCGUUACUUUAUUACCGCACUCUGCAGCAGGCUAAGUUUAAAUCUGUAAAUUGAAGUUCAAGUGCUUUUAUGAUCGUUUCUCCUGUGUGGCAGGGGAUGAAACGAAACACAAUGUCUUCUGAACCGCAAGCAGGCCUAACAUAUGUCAUACAUGACCAGUAGACACACGUAUUAGUACAAAUAACAGCAGAACACUCCACAAAACAACAAUACAGACAGUACAAUCAGACAAUUUGCAAUCCGCAGUGAGCUAGAACUAUGCUAAAGAGCAGGGGCGGACUGGCCAUCGGGAGAACCGGGACUUUUCCCGGUGGGUCGCCCGCGAAACGGGGCCGAAUGGGCAGCGAUAAGCUGAAAUGGGCCACCGCGUUAUGCAGAACGGGCCGCGAUAUGCCGAAGGUGGCAGCGAUAUGCAGAAAAGGACAGCGACACCAGCUCCGCCCACCAGCUCGAUGUCUUCUGCUGUUGUUUACUCCAGUCGAGCCGCUUUAAAAACACUUGUGACUUGAUAGCCACAUUGUUUCCCUUCAUCAAACUGUCACUGUGGUUCAGACAAGCAGAGACACUUCUCAGAUCACCCCCAGAUCUCACGAUGGACAGAUAGACCCAAAUUAAUCCUUGAUCCUGUAAGUCAGCAGAGUGUAGCCACUGAAAGAGAUGCUUUCUUGCCAUCGGUUGAUCCUCGCCUCGCUCCAGCUGUGCUUGGUGGUGGUGUUGUUGUUGUUUGUGUCAUUUACUGACAGCAGAAGUUCACAGAAAUGCUCGCCUGGGAAACCGUGCUCGGAUCGACCACCUGUGGUUUUGAUUCCAGGAGACCUUGGGAAUCAGCUGGAGGCGAAGCUGGAUAAGCCCAGUGUGGUGCACCGUAUCUGCUAUAAGAAGACCGAGGAUUACUUCACAUUAUGGCUAAACCUGGAGCUGCUGGUUCCGGUGGCCAUUGACUGCUGGAUUGAUAACAUGCGGUUACUGUACAAUCAUACCACUCGCCUGACUGACGCUCCUCCAGGGGUUGAUGUCAGAGUGCCUGGGUUUGGCAAGACGUACAGUUUAGAAUAUCUGGAUCCAAGCAAACAGAGUGUUGGUAUGUACUUCUUCACUAUAGUGCAGGCACUUGUUGAUUGGGGGUAUACAAGAGAUGAUGACAUUCGAGGUGCUCCCUAUGACUGGCGUAAGGCCCCAAAUGAGAACAAGGAUUACUUCUUGCGCCUGCAACUGAUGAUUGAGGAGAUGGCAAAUAAGGCUGGAGGUCCUGUGGUCUUAAUCGCACAUAGUAUGGGCAAUAUGUAUACUCUGUAUUUCCUUAAUCAACAACCACAGACUUGGAAGGACCGGUACAUUAAGGCCUUUGUUUCGCUUGGGCCCCCAUGGGCUGGAGUGGGUAAAACGCUAAGAGUUAUGGCAACAGGUGAUAACAACCGCAUUCCAGUCAUCAGUCCUCUGAAAAUCCGCACCCAGCAGCGAACAGCCGUCUCUACCGUCUGGCUUUUACCCUAUGCCCACACCUGGCCCUCCGACAUGGUCCUGGUGUCCACCCCCAACACCACAUACACAGUCAAAGACUAUCAGCGCUUCUUCAAAGACAUUGAUUAUGAUGACGGCUGGGCCAUGAGGGAGAACACUGAACCGCUGGUCAGUGCUCUGGAACCUCCGGGGGUGCCCAUCCACUGCCUUUAUGGAAGCGGCAUCCCUACACCUCAGGGCUACAAUUACACAAACUUCCCAGAUGAAGAGCCCACCGUCAUCAAUGGAGAAGGAGAUGGAACGGUCAACCUGUUGAGUGCAAUACAGUGCAAACGCUGGAUGGGUCAACAAAAGCAGCCCAUCCAUAUGCUGGAGCUGCCUGGGAAUGAGCAUGUUGCCAUGCUGUUGAACAUGACAACGGUUUCCUACAUCAAAUCUGUGCUGUUUUCACCUUGAAUGGCAUCCAGCCUUCACACUUCCUGCAUUAACUUUGAACUGAUGUUUCCAGUUUGCCAAAGGGACAGGACUCGGUUCUGCUUUUUGGGGUGGAUGCUACUCAUUGUGGUUGAUCACUUCUGAAUUAUGUUCUUUAUCGAAUUACAAUAAUUUAAGUGCCUUGUCUUGUCUUGUUAUGGAAUUCAGGUUUAUCAGGACAUUAGGAUGAAACAGUUGUUUACUGUUGGGCACAAUCAACAUUUAAUGGAAAUUUUAAUCUCAGAUUUUAACGUUAUAGAUUAAAAGCACAUAUAAGUAAUUCCCUGUUGUUGAAAAUGAAAUAGCAAUGGCCUGCAAAUUACAUUUUUAAAUAGUUGCAGUUUUAAUUUUUAAGAUUUUCCAAUGGCCACAAGUUUUUAAAAUCUACAGAUUUUAUCUAGAGUUUUUCUAAAUGCAUUUUUCCAAAGAUAUCUCUGUAUACUGACACUGCAGUGUUUCUGUUAACCCUACUAACUUUUAAAGUUUUUCAGGCUGUCUGUGACCAGUAUUGAUUUAUUAAUAUUUAUUAUGAGAUCUUGAAUGCAGAAUGUGCAACACCACUGCUAGACAUCUCGUUAUUAAUGUUUGUGUUGGCAUAACCUCUUUGUGAUUGUAAUUAUGCAGUGGCCCGAAGGAUGGGAUAACCAAUGUUACAAGUGAACAAACUCUGCUCAUUUUUUUUUUCAUGUACUGACCUCUUGAAUAUACUGAACAAUGGUUUGUGAAGCAAGCUAUUUUUUUAUUUUAUUUUUUCAAGUUUAUUGCUGAAAUACAGGGUUGUUUAAAUUACAUUGGAAUGUCCAGUUUUAUUUUUGGAGAAAAAAAAAAAUCUGGUAUUUAAGAUGCAACACUAAUGGAAAGAGGAACUAAGUCUUUCAAUUACAGGAUGUGGGGUGUUGCAUAUAGAUGGUAUCGAUUGCAAUUUUCACCAGAACACUAACCAGUCAAGACUGUCUGUCACUCAAAUAACAGGCUAUUUAAAGUCAGUGGUCUGGAUUUGAAAAAGUCACCACAUUGCAAUUCUGUACAAUAAAUUUCACUUUACCAAA